CUACAAUGAUUAGCAUCACGUGACAAUGCAUGAAGAAAUAAAAACAAAUAAAACAUAUGCUACAAUGGUUAGCAUCACGUGUUGUAUGCGUUGUUCGUUGAAUGGGAUAUAUUCCUUGUAGUAUAGUUGCUAUAAAAAAUAUAAGUCCCAUCCUAAACUCCUAUCAUUCAAAAUUUCAAAGGCAUUCUCAACCAUCCUCUCCCUAAUCAGUGUUUCUUCAUGGCAAAGGUUUAUCCUGAGACCAUCAUUCCAGUUGUAAACGCUAAGAAUCCGUUCGUCUUGACGGUGUGGAAGAAGUCUUUGCUCUUCGGUUGCGAUGGGUUUACAGUGUACAACUCCAAUGGAAAUCUUGCAUUUCGAGUGGACAACUAUUUCGUGAAAGGAAAUCGAGAGAUUGUUCUCAUGGAUGCCUCAGGCCGCAGUCUCCACACCAUUAGGCGCAAGAUGUUGAGCCUAGCAAACAACUUUCUUGUGUAUGAUGGUGAAAGUGUAAAUCCCCGAUUUUCAGUGACCAAACAUGUGAAUGUAUUGAACACCAAGUCACUCGCAUAUGUGAGCACAUCAAAGAACAGGAACAAAAGAAAUGUGAUCUAUGAGAUCCAAGGAUCAUAUGCUCAUGGGCGGAACCAGAGGGGGGUCAAGAGGGUCCGUUGACCCUCCAGUCACCGGAACUUUUUGAAUUUUUAUUUAUAAAUUUUGAGUUUUUGAAGAACAAACUUAGAGAUGGACCCCCUAAUUUGAAACAGUAUAGAGUAUAAGCUUAUGAUGACCCCCUAACUAAAUCGUUCUGGUUCCGCCACUGU